AUGGCGGAUAACCUCACUGACAAGGAGUUACGUGAAUCGUUGAAGAAGCUGGGUUUCGACGCUGGUCCAAUUACGGAGUCGACGCGUUCUGUAUAUGAGAAGAAGUUACUGAAACUCAUGGAGAUGCCAAAACCGCCGCCGGCGUCUCCCACUAGGCGGCGUAGGGGAAAAACUCAAUCCGUUAUUGCUGAUGACAAGGAAGAAAGCAAAUUUGGGAAGAUGCAUUGUUGCAGUUUAUGGUUGGUGGCUCCGGAGUCAAUUGUAUCUGAACUGUCCAACUCAUCCCCCCUCAAAAUUCCUAGUCAAUAUACAGCCAAGCUUGCGCUUGAGGUUCGCUAUCUAUUUGUCACGAAGAACGACGCUCUCAGCCCGAGCAAAGAUCCUUCUGGUUCUUUCAAGAUUUUAAACGCCUCCGUCAAAUCAUCGCGCCGCCUACGCCUCAGCAAGAAGUGGUUUAGAGCUUCGAGACGCUUCUCGUACGAAGGUUGUCUUAAUCCCGAAAAGAUUUGGUGUAAUAAAAAAUGA